AUGCAAGGCUGGCGCAUUAGUAUGGAGGAUGCUCACACCGCAGUACUCGACCUCGACUCAGCCAAGUCUCACUCCAGCAAGCUGUCCUUCUUCGGUGUCUUCGACGGACACGGUGGUGACAAGGUGGCACUGUUUACCGGCCAAAACAUUCACAACAUUAUCUUCAAGCAGGACACUUUCAAGUCUGGUGACUAUGCUCAGGGCCUGAAGGACGGUUUCCUCGCGACCGAUCGCGCUAUUCUCAACGACCCCAAGUACGAAGAAGAAGUUUCCGGUUGCACAGCCUGUGUCAGCUUGAUCGCUGGCAACAAGCUCUAUGUUGCCAACGCUGGUGAUUCGAGAGGUGUUCUUGGCAUCAAGGGUCGUGCCAAGCCUUUAUCUCAGGACCACAAGCCCCAACUCGAGAACGAGAAGAACCGAAUCACAGCUGCCGGUGGCUUUGUCGACUUCGGCCGAGUGAACGGAAACCUCGCCCUCUCGCGUGCUAUUGGUGAUUUUGAAUUCAAGAAGAGUGCUGAGUUGUCCCCCGAGAACCAAAUUGUUACAGCCUACCCCGAUGUUGAGCAACAUGAUCUUACAGACGAGGAUGAAUUCUUAGUCAUUGCUUGUGAUGGUAUCUGGGAUUGCCAAUCCUCUCAAGCCGUGGUUGAGUUCGUCCGACGAGGCAUCGCUGCCAAGCAAGAGCUCGACAAGAUUUGCGAGAACAUGAUGGACAACUGUCUUGCCUCCAACUCCGAGACCGGUGGCGUUGGCUGCGACAACAUGACCAUGGUCAUCAUCGGCUUCCUCAACGGAAAGACCAAGGAAGAGUGGUACGAGGAGAUCGCCCGCCGGGUCGCCAACGGAGAUGGCCCAUGCGCUCCUCCUGAGUACGCCGAAUUCCGAGGACCUGGAGUCCACCACAACUUUGAGGAUAGCGACAGUGGCUAUGAGAUGGAUCCUGAAAACAAGGGACGAAGCUUUGGAGUUGGUGGGUACCGAGGCCGGAUCAUUUUCCUCGGCGAUGGCACUGAGGUUCUUACGGAUUCAGAUGAUACAGAGAUGUUUGACAACGCCGACGAAGACAAAGACCUCGCCAGCCAGGUCACCAAAAACCCGUCAUCCGCCGAGAAGGACACCGCUCCUGUAACCGCCCCUGGCGCCGCCGCCGCCGAUAACGCUUCCGCCGAUACGAAACCCGCCGAUGUAACCGUUACGAAGCCUACCGACAAGGACGCUGCGGAGGAGGUGAAGAAGGAGGCCAGUGUCCAGGAAAUCAAGAAGGAAGAAUAG